AUGAAGGCAGGGGUUUGGAGUUGGUUGAUGAAGCAUUGGCAGAUUCAUAUUCACCUUCAGAAUCUCUUGAAACCCAAAGGCAUUGCAUAUGCAUGGGUGCACAUCGAUGGUGAUGAUGAUGGCGAUGUCAGUGGUGAUGGUGGUUUUGAUAUUGAUGGUGUUAGCAGUGGUGGUGGUGACGAUGGGGGUGAUGGUGAGGCUGGUAGUGGGGUGGCAGUGGGUGGUGGUGCAGGUGGUGGUGGUGCUGGGGUGGCAGUGAUGGCAGUGGUGGUGGCGGCGAUGACGAUGACUGUGGUGGUGGUGGUUGUGGCAGCAGCAAUGGGGCAUGAAUAUAUGGAGGAGAGCGCAUGUCCUGCAAACAUUUGA